UGGGCUAUGUGGCAUCGAGCAUUUUGACCCAUCUCAGGCCCAUUUAUGAACAGCCUCUCGACACACAGCUGCUUCCGAGAAAAAGACAGGUUACCGGGGAAGCUUUAACCGUUACAAAAUUCUGAUUUUCUGUUCUUCCUCCGGCGAAAAGAUUUUACUCUUACUACUAGGAAAAGUCCAUCCCUGUCUAUUCAUCGGGCUUUAGCACGCUAGUCGCUUCUGUACCCUUUCAAUGGGUGCAUCCGAAUCAGUUCUCUCCGGCUCACAAGGGCCAAUCGAUGAGAUCACCACAGUUUCUGAGCGUGUAGAAGGCGUUGAUCCUAUUUUGGAGAGGCUAAAAUCUCUCAAAAUUGCUGCUCCAAUACUGAAAUCGCCGCCAGCUGAGAGUAGCUUGACUGACAUUCUGGUGAGGAAAGCAUCCUCCACUUCAAAUAAAGGCUGCGUAGAUCCAAAAGUUCUACUUGAGCUCUUCUCUGUAUAUCGCCAGUGGCAAGAGGAGAAGGCCCAGAAGAUCUGUAAAAGACAGGAAGAAAUAGAAAACAAAAUAGAAGUUGCAGAUGCAUUGGCUGUUAAGCUUCUUCAACGCUUCAAUUACUCUGUUUCCGCAAUGAAAACAACCUCACAGCAUCUAUCAGAAGUACAUGGUUUGCAGGUUGAACUUGGAGUGUUGAAAGGCAGGUUGACAGAGGUAAUCAGUAAUUGUGAUGCAUUGUGCAAGAGGAUUGAUGCAGAGGGACCAGAAUCGCUGCGAUCAUCUAUCAAACCAUUUACAACAGCUUCCUCUGAUACAGAAAGCAAUAGCAGCAGCAUGCAUACUCUGCAAGGUAAAGCAGAUGAAAAGCAAUAGUGCCGAGGCCUCUCUUUGGAGCUUAUAAAAUGUUUCUAUACCCCCGGUGUACAUUACUUGUUUGAGCAUUAAUGACCCAUACUUGUAUCUAGUCCAACUGACUGAUAGUUCAAGGCUUCAAGCACACUUGGAAAUUGAUUGCACAGGAAACAUAGUCGGGAAAUUAAUUUCAUAGCAAGCAUGUGGAUCGACUUCUCAGCUAGUAUUGACCCGUUCAUUUAAUUGUACUUGAAAUGUUAAGAUUCACUGUGGUGAUGCUAUGUUUUUCCCCUCUAAAUUAUGAUAGAUGUCCUUCCUAUGGAUAUUCAGGAGCUGUUAUGGAUUUGAGAAUUUAAUUGUACUAUGCUGAUUCUAGUUUUGAGCUGUUGUUUUUCAACUUGAUUAUGAGAAA